AGAAGCUGAAGAAGAUUGUCACUCUGAUUUGGUAAGAGCUGAUGACAAUGAAAGAUCCGGUGAAGCAAAUCUUCAGGCAGAGCUCCAGAUGUUCAGAGCUCAGUGGAUGUUUGAGCUUGCCCCAGGUAUGAGUUCUAGUGGGUUGGAACCUCUGCCAUGCAGAGCAUCUUCAAGAGGACCUGGAGUAAAGUCUGUAGAUGCCAGAGGGAAGCAGGAGAUAGCAAAAGAGGAAAAGGCAAAAGAACUUUUCCUGAAGGCAGUGGAAGAAGAACAAAAUGGGGCCCUUUAUGAAGCCAUCAAAUUUUAUCGUCUAGCCAUGCAGCUUGUGCCUGACAUAGAGUUUAAGAUCACCUAUACACGGUCCCCAGAUGGUGAUGGAGUUGGAAAGAGGUGUGUUGAGGAUAACAAAGAGGAUGACAAAAUGACUGAUCUCCUGUCAGAUUUCCAGCAGCAGUUAACUCUUCAGGACUCUUCAGUCAAACUUUGUCAACCUGAGGUUGAUGUCAGCCAGACCCAUAUCUCAGUGUUGCCUAUGGAAGUACUGAUGUACAUUUUCCGAUGGGUGGUUUCAAGUGACUUGGACCUCAGAUCAUUAGAGCAAUUAUCUCUUGUUUGUCGAGGAUUUUAUAUUUGCGCCAGAGAUCCUGAAAUCUGGCAUCAAGUCUGUUUGAAAAUAUGGGGCAGGAGCUGCAAUAAACUUGUUCCAUAUGCCUCUUGGAGGGAGAUGUUUUUGGAAAGGCCUCGCGUUCGAUUUGAUGGUGUAUAUAUCAGCAAGACAAAAUACAUACGUCAAGGAGAACAAUCUCUUGAUGGUUUCUAUAGAGCGUGGCACCAAGUGGAAUAUUACAGGUAUUUGAGAUUCUUUCCAGAUGGUCAAGUUAUGAUGCUAACAACUCCUGAAGAUCCUCCAUCUAUAGUUCCUCGCUUACGAACUAAAAACACAAGAACGGAUGCAAUCUUGCUUGGCCAUUAUCGCCUUUCCCAGGAAACAGACAAUCAAACCAAAGUAUUUGCUGUAAUAAUGAAGAAAAAGGAAGAGAAACCAAUUGACUACCACAAAUACAGGUAUUUCCGUCGUGUUCCUGCACAAGAAACAGAUCACAGUUUUCAUGUAGGACUACAGUUGUGCUCCAGUGUGCGCCAGAGGUUCAACAAACUUGUCUGGAUACAUCAUUCUUGUCACAUAACUUACAAAUCGACUGGUGAGACAGCUGUUACUACUUUCGACAUUGACAAAAUGUACACCCCUUUGUUCUUUGCACGAGUGAAGAGUUUUACUGCAUUUUCAGAAAAGCCACUCUAAGAAACACCUUCUCCUCUCACAACUCUUGCAUGAAUAAAAGGUUGUAGCUAGUGAGCACUUAAGUUAUAAAUGUGUAUAUAUUUGGAACAUUUUAAAAUUCUGGGGGAUUUUUUGAAGGCAAUAUGUUCUAUUUGAUUAUGAAUGGCUGGGGUGUUGUUUUGAGAUCAAGCUUAUGAGUAUUAAACACUUACUUGGUGACAAAAAUUUGAUAACAAAGUUUUGUUCGUUUUGUUUGGUUUUAAACAGAUUUUAUAAAUCAGUCAGCUUAAAAUAUGAGUCUUUGUCAGCCUGGACACUGGCUUGUCCAAAAGGAAUUGUUACAGGAAAAUCUCACUGUCCAUUGGACAGUGUGUGUGGUCUCUGGUGAAGGCUUGAAAUGUGAAGGGGAAAGAGUUGUCUUACAUCUGUUAAAUUGUGUGACUUAAAAGAACUUCAAAUAAAUGUUUUCUUUAAAUUAAACUUACUUUGUUUGCCUUUAAGAUCUGGCAUUUUGUCAACAUCAACCUUAAGAAAAAACAGUCAAAGGGCAAGCAAUCAUGAAAUAUAAAAAUUAACCACAGAGGUACAUCCCCACCAACACAGUGAUGUCAGUUGGUCAUACAUGUAAUUUGAUCUUGAUAGAAGUUCAGUGGAGCCUGCCUUCUUGACAGGAUGGGCAUGAAGCGGAGAGGGAUAUGGGCAGCAAGUUGUUCUCUUGUACUGCAGGAUGAGUUUGCAGGGUACGUGGCUCUGCUUGGGAAGUGUCACAGUGCAGUGGUGGAAUGUUGGUCUGUACUGCUUGUGCAUUGACCAGCUCUGAAUGCACAGGUAAGCAGGGCUCACUUGGAUGUCAUAAUGUAUUAUAACCCUUCAUCUAACCUUGCUACAGAUGCUGUAAACCCUUUGAGCAUUUGUUGUACUAAGACAUUUUGAGGCUGCUGUAGAUGUUCAGGUGCUGUGUACUGCUAAUCAUGAAGUGUACCUUGAGGUUUGGUGCAGGUACUGUAUGCUGCUUCUCCUGCAUAUAUCGCUUGGGGGUGUAGUGCAGAUACUGUAAUGCUGCUUAUUAUAUAUGUAUCUUGGAUUCUGAAAGAACUGGAGCUUUUUAGUUUAGGUUUUUUUUAAGCCAUUUUGCAUAAUUUACCUUUGAACAUCUCGUUUCAAGAUACUGAACUGGACUUGAGGACUAAAAUGUGAAAGCUGUGGAAAGAACUAUACAUGUUCCAUAAUUUAUAAAGUGUAUCUUUGCAAGGAACUACAUGAUUAAAAAUACAUCAAUAAAUCAUGAUUUUGAACAUGCAAUCCCUUGCAAUUUCUUAUUUUGCCAAGAAAUAUUUUUUUUUCAUACAGUUAAAAAUGAUUAGUUAAGAGGUAACAUGCAUAAACUACAUGCUAGGUAAGAUUGACAGGUAGAAUUAACCUCUUAAUCUGUAAGUAGUGUGGUAAGUCAUCUGAGAAAAGGAGCGAAGCUUUCAGGUAUCUCUUUUCUUACCAAGACUUACCUGUUGCUUCUAAGGUUUUGUUUUUUCUUUCCUUGGUCAUGUGUUUGAAAUAUACUCUAGGCAUAAAGGAAAAGCUAGCUAAUGUCCCAAUAUAAACUGACAUGUUGAUUCAAGUGAAGUCUCAGGAAAUUAUUAUUUUAAGAUUAUAUGAAAUAUUCCUUCACCAAGAAAAUUAUGUGAGUUUUCUAUUUGUGAGACUGAGCUGUGAAUAAUGCAUUUGUUCCUCUGCAUUUAGCCGUAUAAGAAAGUUAAGCUAGUUUUGACUUUUCAGAUGGUUUAUCAGCAGAUGCUAUUACUGUCUGUUCACAUGCAGCUAUUAAAAUAGUACUUAUAUCA